AAAAAAACACCAACCCGGACUCGAAACCAACCCAAUCAAAUCCACUUUAAUCCUUCCCCUCACACAUCCGAUCCUCCGAUGGCAUUAACGGAGGAAAAAUCCGGUUCCAAUGGUCGCCGUCGGGGCAAAUUCAAGCUUCCCUUUCGAAACUCCAACGCUCAAGCUACCUCAUCCUCUUCCAUGGCUACUUCUUCUUCUUCUGCAACAUCUUCUCAUCUCAAUCAAAAUUACAUUCAUCAAUCUCGCCAUUUUCAAUAUCACGGACCUCCUGUCGUCGAAGGCUUGGGUCAAAACCAUCACCAAUCCGCCGCCACGAUCCCUUCCAUGUCAUCUGUCGCGAGAUCACUUCUUCCAACAAAACGUCGAUUAAAGCUUGAUCCUUCAGCAAAACUUUACUUCCCUUAUGAGCCUGGGAAGCAAGUCAGGAGUGCCAUUAAGAUUAAGAAUACGAGCAAGUCACAUGUAGCGUUUAAGUUUCAAACAACAGAACCAAAGAGUUGCUUCAUGCGCCCGGCUGGUGCUAUUCUUGCUCCUGGGGAAGAAAUUAUCGCAACAGUUUUUAAGUUUGUUGAGCCUCCUGAGAAUAAUGAAAAGCCGGUGGAACAAAAGAGCGGGGUUAAGUUUAAAAUCAUGAGCCUGAAGAUGAAAGUCCCAACAGACUAUAUGCCUGAGCUGUUUGAGGAGCAAAAAGAUCAUGUCUCUGAGGAGCAAGUUAUGCGUGUGGUAUUCUUGGAUCCCGAAAACCCUAACUCCAUGAUGGAGAAAUUGAAGAGUCAAUUGGCUGAAGCGGAUGCUGCAGAUGAAGCACGGAAGAAAGCAUCAGAGGGUGUUGUUGGUCCAAAGCCAAUUGGAGAAGGGCUUGUGAUCGAUGAAUGGAAGCAACGCCGAGAGAGAUAUCUUGCACAGCAACAAGGAGGAGUAGACUCGGCUUAAAACUUAAAGACUACCAAAGACCAAAAAGUGUGUGUGUGUAUUUUUUUUGUUUUGUGCCCGAUCAAAAUCUGUUGUGUGACAAGAUAGAAAAUUGUCUCUAUGAUCAAUUUUCCUUGUAAUCCCAAAAUUAUUUGCAGAGGAGAUAAUCGUGUUUGGUAAAUGAAAACCCACAGACAGG